AUGCCUCUUGGAUUUCACGGGGAAGCCCAUGAAUGUGUACUUUCAUUUGCGAGUUGGCUCAUAUAUUCUCGCAAGGCUACCUCGAGCGAACAAAGGGUCAUCGAUGUUGGCAUAGCAAAGAUCACGUCGAAGAACCCUGAUGCUCCGGGGGAUUUGCCGUUUGUUUCGGGGCUGGACUUGGAAGACGUGGAGGACAUCGAGGAAGACUUGCCUGACUUGCCCGUGAUCGAUCGGCCCUCUGCUACGUUUUCAAGUGGCCAGGUCAUGAGUCAGCUCUCAGUUAACAGCGCCAAACGGGCCUUUACAGCACCUGCUUCUCCAGCUGUCAAUGAGUUGGAAGAUGUGGACCCUCCAACCGUAGAAGACUCUGUGGUGCCUUUCGGUUCUCGUCAAUCUUCGCAAAGCGAUAAGGCCAAACACGCAUUCAUUAAAAGUGAUAAGGGUACGUCCUCUUCAGCUCCUCCAGCUGUCGUGAGAAGGGAGGAUGAUGAGGAGGAUGGUGUCCCACCUGCUGCCACCUUACCGGAAAAGCCGUUACCUGCCACCCUACCGGAGGAAAAGGCGUUACCCGACGUCAAGGGACCCUUGAGUGUCCGCCUGCGUGUGAACAAGCGCCCGAAGUCGCCCUCCCCUCAGAAGACUUCAAAGGCCAAGAAGGGUGUUGCCAAGGUAAAGCCAGACAAGGCGCGGUUGGCAGUGGUCAAAGAGGCAGUGGUUGAGAAGAAGGCAAAGGUUAUGCCUAAGCCUAAAGGGAAGAAGAAAUCCUGA